AAAAAAAAAAGACGAAUCUUGUGAUUAAAAGUGUGAUUUUGUUUUUGAAUGGUGAAGUUGUUUGAAUCGGGAUAUAUGGACAUACAAUAUAAUAAUUCGCCGUGGUCUCCAACAAUGAUGGAACCAUUGGCGGAAUUAGGUGGUGGUGAUAAUGGUUUUGAACCACAACAGCGUGCCCGCUCAAACACGUGGCCAUUACCACGUCCUGAGAAUUAUGUGGAUCCACCAGAUGAUACAGCAAGCAACAAGUGUGUUAUAGAUGGUAUACAAACAUCUGCUUUCACUGGUGGUGCUGUUGUUCCCGGUGGUACAGUGGGUGUUGGUGUGGGUGUCGGUGGUGUACAUGCUAGUUAUAAUAAUAAUAAUAAUACAAUACCGAGUGGUAAUUUAGCUGGUACAGUUAAUUUAAUGGGUGGUAGUGCAGUUGUUGGUGGUGCUAAAAAGAAUUCUAGUCGUCGUAAUGCUUGGGGAAAUUUAAGUUAUGCGGAUUUAAUCACACAAGCGAUUACAUCUGCACCAGAUAAACGAUUAACAUUAUCACAAAUUUAUGAAUGGAUGGUGACAAAUGUACCUUAUUUUAAGGAUAAGGGUGAUAGUAAUAGUUCAGCUGGUUGGAAGAAUUCAAUAAGGCACAAUUUAUCGUUACAUAAUCGAUUUAUGCGUGUACAAAAUGAGGGCACUGGAAAAUCGUCAUGGUGGAUGAUUAAUCCCGAUGCUAAACCUGGAAAAUCGGUACGGAGACGUGCUGCAUCAAUGGAAACUAGUAAAUUUGAAAAACGUCGAGGUCGUGUUAAAAAGAAGGUAGAAGCUUUACGUAAUGGUAUUGCAGCCGAUGCAACGCCAAGUCCUAGUUCAUCUGUUGAAGGUCUUGAUAUGUUCCCGGAAUCACCUUUGCACAGCGGUUUUCAACUAAGCCCCGAUUUUCGACCAAGAGCAUCAUCAGCCACAUCUUCAUGUGGUCGAUUAUCACCAAUACCUGCAUUAUUAGGUGUUGAACCAGAUUGGAGUGCUCCAUCACCAUUCCCAUCUAGUGGUUUUACAGCAUCUGAUUCGAUGGUUGGUACUGGCUCAAAUAAUGGUAGCUAUUCACCAGAUCAAUUAGCUGGCAACCUUGAACAGGGCAUGAAACUACAAAAUGAUUAUUUACAAGGAUAUUUAAAUGGACAGCCACCACCAGCGUAUUCAACAACAGCCUAUGACACUCCAUUUUCCAAUGCUCAAACACACCAUCGUGAUUUAGCCGCUAGUCUAUCAUCAAAUUCACAAUAUGUUUUGCCAUCACAAUGUCCAAUACACCGUUUACAACCAUGUAAUUGUAUGCAAUCAACGUUGUGUAAAAUUGAGCCACUAUCCCCAACUCCAGAAAUGUCUCCAUCAUAUUCACAAUCAGAAGCAUCGCCCGAUCGAUUGGCCACACCAAGUCCUUAUAUAAUGAAUACAUCAAAUACAACACCAUCUUCGAAUGGUACAGGUACACCAGGUACACCAGGCUCCACACCUGGAGGUGGUGCUAGUAGUGAUAAUCAACAAACAACAAAUCAACAACAAACAAACCAUCCACAUCAGCACCCACGACCUCCAUCAAGUAGUCCACCAUUAACACCCACACCAAACAACGUACAACAAUCAACACAACAAAAUAAUGGGUGCACAACAUUAACAUCUGCUCAAUUACAACAUGCAUCAACAAUGAUGGGUCAAUUGAUGGGUGCAUUAAAUAAUGGUCCAUUAUUGGAUGAUUUAAAUUUAAACAUUGAAACGCUCCAUGGUUUCGAUUGUAAUGUGGAUGAAGUGAUAAAACAUGAAUUAAGUAUGGAAGGUAGCUUGGAUUUUAAUUUUGUUGGUGGUGCAGCCAGCAGUGCUCAUCACCAUCAACAUACGACGCAGCCACAUUUUAAUACAUCGACAAAUUUCCAUCACCAUCCACAUGAACUUGUCAAUUCACAUCAUUUACUUGGUGCAACAGGGGGUGCUGGUGAUUCAUCGCCUAUUAUGAAUAUUAGUGGAGGUGAUAGUGGUUCAACAACAUCAUUAUCAACUGCAGCACCUGGUGGUGCAGUAAAUAAUUCUCUAGUACAACAAACAGCUACAGUGCCAUCUGUAUCAGCAUACUCAACGAACAGUAAUGGUGGUGUUGCGAAUACGAUAGCGCGCUCAUGGGUUCACUAACCAAAAUUUUCAUAUUACCAAUAAAAUAAUAUAUAAUAUUUUUUAUGACGUCACCAAUUAUGACGUUGUAUUCGAUUCAAUUUAUUUUUACAGUUUCCUAUAAUUAACACAAACUUCAGCUCAAUUAAAAACAACCGAACAAAAUAUUCGGAAAACGAAGGUAAUCGUCUUAUUUUUAAAAUAAAAAUACCAAACAUUUAAAAAUAUUUUCUCAGCUUCACCAAAAAGAAAAAAAUUAAAUUAUAAAAUUUUGAACGGAAAAAUUAAAUUUGGAAGAAUUUUUCUCUGUGUACAAAGUAGAAGGGAUGAAAUAAAUUUAUGAACCCAGGUGACCUUGAUGAUCUCUAAUAAGUUUUUUUUAUGUAAUUAAUA